AUGUCACGCGCUCGACAAAAUGAGCGAGUUGUUCUUGUUGAAACCGACGGUCAUGGUAAUAUCUUAGAUUAUGAUGUUGUUGACCGUCCAUAUCGAUCGUAUCUAGCUAAGAAAUCUUCAUCAGUUAAUCGUUCACAACCGAUAAAACAAUCACCAAAAUUCAAAGCAGUAGAAAAAUAUGACGCAGAUGAUUAUGAAGAUGAAAACGAUGAUAAUGAUUAUCAAGAGAGUAGAGGAAAUACAUCUUUCUCUAGUGGACUAGGUGGAAAAACACGUCGAGAUACUACUGUAGAAACACCGCCAACAUCUCGUCGAGUUCGUUAUGUUCGACCGAAAUCAACUGUUAAAAUUUUUCAAGAAAAAGUUGAUUGGAAUGCAAAUCCAAAAAUCGAUGCCCGUAAUGAUGAAGCUAUGGAAAAAAUUCUUAAUGCACCAAAGAAAAAGAUAUACCAUGAAAAACCUACAUGGAGUGGAAAACCAAAAAUUGAUUCACAUAAUGAAGAAAUUGUCGAAAAUAUUCUUCGAGCACCAAAACCAGAAAUAUUUUACGAAAAGCCUAUAUGGAAUCAAAAACCAAAAAUUGAUUCACAUAAUGAAGAAGUUGUCGAAAAUAUUCUUCGAGCACCAAAACCUCAAAUCUAUGAAGAAAAAAUCAAAUGGACAGCAGAUCCAAAAAUUGAUUCUCAUAAUGAAGAAGCUAUUGAACGAAUAAAAAGUGCACCAAAACCAAUUAUUUAUGAUGAAAAACUUAUAUGGCCAACUGUUCGUAGAACUGAUCAUUAUAAUGAGCAAUAUGUUAAACAUAAAGAACGUGAAAAAGUUUCUCACAAGGAAAAAAUUUAUAUUCAAAAUGCUCCACAAGAACGAAAACCAAAAAAUCAUAGAGCUCGUAUUGAUAAUCAAAAUCCAGAUUUUGAUGAACACAUAAAACGACAAAAAUCAGCGAAAUUACCUCCAAUCGAAUCUAGAAAACUUGAAUGGCAAAAAAGACCACGUAUUAAUCAAAAAAAUGAUGAUUAUAUUGAACGUAUGCGACAAAAACGAUCAAUACCUAUAAUUUAUCAAGAAAAACUGAAAUGGUUUACAAAAUCACCAAAAAUUAAUGCUCGUAAUGAAGAAUAUUUAGAUAAUUUAAAAGGACAAGCAAGACCAAAAAUUAUUAAUCAAUUACCUCGUUGGAGAUCUCAACCAAAAAUCGAUGCAUAUAAUGAUUCUUAUGAUCCAAGUUCAUACACUGAACCAAUGAUCUUUAGUGAAAAACUUCGAUGGCAUGCAAGACCAAAAAUCGAUACUGGUCUUGAACCAGAUCCUAACGAAGAUCAGUAUGUUGAUUAUGGUUUAACAGCUUGA